UGAUGAUGCAUGUGAGCACAUUUUACUGAUUCAUACGGCUUGCAUAUUCCACAAUCCAAUCAUGUUCUCGUUAUAAAUAUUGCGCUUUUUGAAUGAGGAUGGAUUCAACGGUCGCGUAUAUGAAAUUCUAUACGCAGCAUCAAGCAGCCGUAAAUGAUCAACUUUUGUCGCUAUAGUUGUCACGAGAUCAGCCACAGAGGCUGAUGCUACGUCCUUUUAAACAUGGAUCAAAUGCCACAGGAGAUACUGGAACUCAUUUUCAGUCACUGUGACUUUACAUCCUUAAAGCAAGCUCGGCUGGUUUGUAGGAGCCUGGCAGACGCGAUAGCCCCUACAAUAUUCGAAGUUGUUUGGAUCGCUCUGCUUCCAGAGAGCUUGAGUAAGCUCGAACAAAUAUCACGACAUGAGAUCUACAAAUCUUACGUGAGGAAAAUUGUUUACUUGGGAGACAUUUUGCCUGCGUUUGGCAGUCUGGACCGAUGGAAAACUCAAAUAGAUGAGCGUCCGCGCAUUCGGGACUUCAUUCACUCAAAAUUGGCUCUAGCGGCAGUCAACACUUCCCCUCAGUGGCUUCGAGAACAUGACAUGAUGGCUAAGCGGGAAUGGCUGAGCCUUCCUCGCAUCGUCAGCUCACCAGAAGUGGUUGGAAACAAGUACAAGCGCUACCAAUAUCAAAUGGCUGCACAAGCCGAUAUGAUACGGACCGGUUUCGACAUGUCCAUCAUUCUAACCGCGGUUGGCCGACUCGAGAACCUCAAGGACGUUGUGGUCGAGACAUGUCACUACAUGGAUGCUAAUCGGCAGCCGUUAUGGUCAAGUUUCCGCGAGGAGACACUCAUUGGCCCUGAUGAGUGGAACGAAGUAAGGCGGCGAAGAGAGGACGAGUGGCGGCGUGCUGUGGAAGGUGUUCGGCACAUUUCCAGCCUCCUACUAGCAAUCCAUCGAGCUGGCCUGCAGCCGCGAAGCCUGGAGUUUCAGACUGUAGGACUUGCGUUUUGGGAUCAAAAUCCCAUCAGCUUUCUUGAGGGUAUCCCUUCCCAGUGGACAAAGCCGUUGAUGAGGGGUGCCCUGCAUAACCUCCGGCGGCUGAAGCUUAGAGUUGAAUACGAUGUCUUCGCCUGCGAUGAAAUUAUGGCAGGUCUUCGGGAAUUUCUACUGGAGGCUAAUGAGCUUGAUGAUCUUUCGCUGGAGCUAGCCGAGGAAAACAAUGAAGGCAGCCUGCUUCAUGAGCAGUCGCCCAAAGUGUUAGGUCUUCUAGACGAUCUAACUUGGCCACGACUUCGCAAGCUCCUUUUGAGCAGCCUUGCACGUGAAGAUAAACUCAUCUCCUUCCUUGGUCGACAUGCAUCGACAUUGAAAAACCUCACACUCAUUGAUGUGAUUCUGGUCGAGGGGCAGGGAUCUUGGAGCUCAGUGAUUCGACAACUGCCGCAUGUCCUGUCCCUCGAGAAAGUAUAUUUGGAGGGGCUCUGGGACGACCAUUUCGGAUCAGAGGCGUUACUCUUGGAGAAUCUCGGUGGGGACUACGAAGCGGCUAUCGACCGAUACGUCCUCGGGGAAGGGCCAUUCCCCCUUCUCGACCGAUAUAUCUUUGAGAGUACGCCCGAGCAUUAACGGAAUGGGCUUCUUUUGUUCAGUCAUGGAUGUUGCAUGUGCGCGGCAUUGGUUCUAGUUUCAAGAUACGACAUGAAAUCUUCAUGAACCUUGGACAAGACCUCAUUGGUCAAGGCAUGAAUCUCUUCAGGUUGAAAUAAGCGAUUCAAAUGAUACUUUUAAGUUAGAGAUUUGUUCACCGAUCCAUUGUUCAGGGUCCGAGCGGCAG